GUCGAUCUCUCUCUCUCUAUCUGCGUAUCUACCAGUCUUGAUGACCCCUCGGACUCUCUGAUACAAAUCCUCUCCACCAAACCCUAACAUUUGGGGAAACACAGCAACGCUUUCUCUCUCCUAGGGUUUCCAAUUUCGCGCCCAAAUCGACCGCAUUUGUUACGGUAGGACGAAUUGGGGCUCCAAUUGGGAGGAUUAAGGGGUUUUCGAUGACAUAUGAGGAGAUUGUUGAUCGGAGAGAGGUGGUGUCGGAGAUGAUCGUCGGGAUUGAGGAUGAUGAGAAGGCCAGAGGGGACUAUGUGAAGCUGAGACACUGCCCUGAAGAGGAGGCUGAGGCUGAGGCGAAGGGAAUUGGGAUUGGGUGGUUGUGGUAUUGGGUGAGGUUGGUGUUGCUGUUCAUGUGCUUGGUGUUGUUGGCUGGGGUUUUUAUCAAAUGGGUUGGGCCUUUUUUGAUGGAUAAGGAGGUUAUUCCAAUGAUUAACUGGGAAACAAAGACAUUUAGUCCUCCAGUGCUUGCUAUUCUGGUCUUUGCUUCUGUGGCAUUGUUUCCUACGAUUCUCUUACCAUCUUCACCUUCUAUGUGGGUGGCUGGAAUGACUUUUGGUUAUGGCUAUGGAUUUCUUCUAAUUAUAUCAGCCGCAGCUAUUGGAAUAUCACUUCCGUAUUUUAUUAGCUAUCUUUUCUUCCAUAAAAUUCAGGGAUGGUUAGAAAAGUAUCCAAAGAGAGCUUCCAUUCUAAGAUCAGCUGGCGAAGGAAACUGGUUCCAUCAGUUUCGAGCUGUAACAUUAAUCAGGGUUUCUCCAUUCCCGUAUAUUAUAUAUAACUACUGUGCAGUGGCAACCAAUGUCAAGUAUGGUCCGUACCUCUUUGGGUCUUUGGCAGGAAUGGUUCCAGAAACAUUUGUUGCCCUUUACACUGGGAUCUUAAUACGGACAUUGGCAGAUGCUUCACAUGAACACCAUGGCCUUUCAGCCCCACAGAUAAUCUUCAGUGUUGUUGGCUUCGCUUUGGCUGUGGCUACCACAAUUUUCUUCACAGUGUAUGCAAAAAAGCAGCUCAAAGAAUUGCAGAAGGAAGAUGAGCCACUGUUGCAAUAAGUUUCUGGUUCUAGUUUUGGUUUCAGAAAUACUCUCCACCGCACAAGCAACAUGAUGCACUCUAGAUGAAGUUUCUUUUAUUAAACGACUUCAUCUGAUGUUGUCAAUGCAGUGUAAAUUGAUGCUGCAUAAACAGUGGGACGACGGAGAAGCAGCCCUGACAUCCAUUCAACAUGAUUGCCACUAGCAUUUUCCCCCUUAGAAACAAGUGUCGAUUUGCUUUUGUCUAUUGUAUAUGGUGAAGUGACUCUCAAGGAUUGAUUUGGAUUCUGGCAAAAUUCUUGAUUGUAUAUACAAAUGACUAUUUAAUAUAUAAAGUGUAGAUGGUUAUUGCAAUGC